AUGGACGCGACGGCGACCGCGGUGCGGGGCGGUGAGGGCGAGGACGACCGAGGGGUGAUGCGCGGUGAAGGGCUGAACGCGGACGUGGCGGCGAUACCGGAGGCGAGCUCGAGCGAGAAGAGGGAAUCCGCGGGACGGGACGGGCGCGAGGCGAAGCGCGCGCGGACGGAUGGAGAGAACGACCGACGCGAGGCGCGGGCGGUGGGUGAGGCGAACGAUGGGAAGAGUGAUGAGGAACGGGCGCGGAACCUACCGAAGUGGUUGGGGGUGAAGGUGCAAAACGUGCCGAGCACGCUCUUGGACGAGACGGAGCGAAAACUUCGAAGACCGAUGGUCGAUAAGAUGGAGAUGUAUCGCCUGCUCGUGGCGCAUUACGACCUCGGGGAGAUCGAUGUCGACAGCAUUAGUGAACUUCCGUCGUACGAUGAUAAGAAUUGGUACAUCAAGGCGAAGAAGCUGAACGAACAGGGCGACGCGGAGACGAAGGAGUACGUCGUCAAGGUGCACAACGGAGUCGAUAGCUCGGGGGUGAGUCGCGGCGUGCUCGCGGCGCAGGAGCGAGUGAUGAUGCAUUUGCUCGCGCACGGUGUGGAGUGUCCGCGAGUGGUGCGAUCGAAGGUCGCGAUGUGGACCACGCCCGGACCGGACGGGACGGUGAACCUCGUACCGGCGGGAACGCCAGGGUCGACGCAGGAACACUGUACGCGCGUGACAUUUCUCGCCAGUAACCAGAUCGCGCACACGCUACGCGUCAUGACGUAUCUGCGCGGUAAGACAGUUGUGCAGGUGCCGAUGCCCCACCCCGUGGAGUUCGUUCACCGACAAGGAUUGUUCGUGGGUCAAAUUUGUCACGCUCUGUCCAAGUGGCCGACGCCUAACGAGUUGGAGAUUCUCCAAAAGACCACCUUUGCCGACAGCUUCGCCGUGCCCUACGUCCAACAGUGCGCGAUGUGCUGGAAAGUGCUCGCGGCCUCUUCUCGGCUCUGGGAUCUUCGCCACUUUAUGGAUGUGCAACACUUUUUGACGGAUCUCGUCGUGAGGCGACUGUUUGAGGACGACACGCGCAUCAUGAUGUGCAGCACCGUCUUCAGCGCGUUCAAGCACCUGGUGCUUCCGGUGGCGGAUAAGCUUCGCGUCGGAAUUUUGCACAACGAUCUGAACGAGCAGAACAUGAUCGCUUUGGAUAGCGGACCUGAUCCGGUGAAGUUUCCGGCCGCUUCGAGGUUCGCCUGCAUCGAUUUCGGCGACGUCGUCGUCUCAUGGCGCAUCAACGAGGUCGCCAUCGCGUUGGCGUACUGCGCGCUCGAUAAAGAGGAUCCUAUUAGAGACAUGUCGAUCAUGCUCGCGGGGAUUCAGAACGUGUUCCCGCUCACGCCAUCUGAGAUGCGAAUUUUACCCUGUCUCAUCGCCGCUCGUUUGGUCACGUCGCUCGUCAUGGGUAUGUACUCCUAUCAUAUGCAGAUCGUCAGCGAGUCAGACAACGCGGAAACGACGACGGCGCCAAAACCAAAGGGAAACGAGUACGUGCUCACGACACAAAAAUCCGCGUGGACGGCUCUGACGCACGUGCUCACCGUCGGCGCCGAAGCGAUGUUUAAGAGAUUUAUCAUCGACGCGUACUCUGAGAGCCCCACGACUGCUGCGCCGUCGUGA